CAUCCCGGCUGCAAAGCGGACCAAUGGCAGUGUGACAAAUACGAAUGGCACAGCGUAUCCUGUAUAGCGGAAUAUCAGCGAUGCGACAACAUAACAGAUUGCGCAGAUGGUUCAGAUGAGAAGGAUUGUCGUGAGUUUUACUUUACAGUAAUCGUUGGAUUCGAAGGACCUCAAUACAUUGGAUUUUUCGCACGAAAAUCCGCCAAUCCUGUCGACUGCGAUAAUCAUGAUGGAAGUGUCUUUAUGUGCGCCGAUGGACGACAGUGUUUCGAUGUGUCAAAAAAAUGCGAUGGAAAGUAUGACUGUCGCGAUUUGAGUGACGAAAAGGUAAUGUGCUCUUUUACGUUAAUUUAA